CUUCGCUGCUUAAUCGAAAACGAUGCAGCCAGGAAAGUAAAGCAAGAUUUCAAGAUGGAAAGUCCAUCAGACUCAGCUGUGGUGUUACCUAGCACUCCACAGGCUGGUGCCAAUCCACCAUCUCCUCGUACAAGCAGUUCAAGAAAACAACCUAUGAGUGCAACCCUUAGGGAACGAUUAAGGAAAACUAGAUCUUCAUUUAAUUCUUGUUAUGGUGUGGUAAAACGACUUAAAGUAGAGAGUGAAGAAAAUGAUCAGACCUUUUCAGAGAAACCAGCACCUUCAACAGAAGAAAACUGUUUGGAAUUUCAAGAAAAUUUUAAACACAUAGACAGUGAAUUUGAAGAAAGUACAUAUUUGAAAAAUACCUUCAAGAAUAUCAAUGCAUGUGCAUCUAAAUCACUUGAUUCUGAGUCAUGCAGUGAUCUCCGGAAUGACUUUAUGAAUGAGAAUCUUCCCAAACAUGGAUUAAACAAAGAAAAAGCGAAAUUGGUGAAGCAGAUUCAGGAGAAAGAAGAACUUCUUCGGAGGCUAAAACUAGUCAAAAUGUAUAGAUCAAAGAAUGACCUGUCUCAGUUACAGAUGUUAAUAAAUAAGUGGAGAAGCUGUAGCCAGCUGUUGCUUUAUGAGCUGCAGUCAGCUGUGUCUGAGGAGAACAAGAAACUAAGCCUUACUCAGCUGAUAGACCACUAUGGGUUAGAUGAUAAAUUGCUACACUAUAACAGAAAUGAAGAAGAAUUUAUAGGUGUUUAAUUCAUAAUUUUUUUUCUCCAGAAUGUCUUUGUGGAUGACAAUGUAAUUAAAAGAUAUUUAUACAUUUU